AUGUCAUGUGCCGGUCUUGGAGCUGGUUUAAUUAUGCCAGUCAUUGAUUUACAUUCGUGGAAUGAUGGUGCUGCUCAGUCAAUGUUCGGUACCACUUGUCGCAGUAGUUUAAAAGCUACACGACAAGGUAAAUCCAGUGCUAUUGAAGCUGCAUUUGUGGAUUGGAUGAAUCAAGCAAACAACGCUGGUCUAUUUAGUUCAUCAGCUGAGAUUGGAAAAAAAUAA